CAAGCCUGGGUAGGACUAAGAAUGGUGGAAGGCCUGGUUCCUGCGGGUGCAAUCGUUGUGGAUGUUCUUAGCAAAGAUAACUAUGAGCAUUGGAGUGCGUUGGUUAAAAAUUACUUGCUGGCUCAAGACCUCUGGGACGUAGUGGAGGCUACAGCUGAACCUCCUGUACCAGAAGAAGCUGAUCAGUUCAUCGGGAGGAAGAAGACUGCCGCGGCUUUACAUGCAAUCCAAAUUUCGUGUGGGCCGGAUGCGUUUUCGGUGAUUAAGGAGAUCAGUUCAUCCAAAAUUGCUUGGGAUAUUUUGGCCCAAACGUUCAAGCCACAGCUAUGGAGAUCUGUUCAGUCUGCAAACUCAUCAAACAACCCAGAUGAGAACAAUGAUCUCCGUCGUUUCUUUGCUGCUGUUAAGAUCGGUGAUUGGGAAGAAACGAAUAACAUUCUUAGAGGAAAUCCCAAUGCAAUAAGAGCAAGAUCUUCAACAGGAGAGACAGCUCUUCACAUUGCAACCAAGUUGGGAGAUGAGAAUAUGGUGGAAAAGUUGGUGGAUUUGAUGACAGCUGAAGACUUGGAGAUACAAGAUUUUGGUUGGACAGCUCUUCAUCUUGCUGCAAGAUUAAGUCUCAAAAUGGUUAAAUGCAUGGUUGGAAGGAACAUGAAUCUCAAUCUACUUGGUAUGGUCGAAGAGUCCCACGGUCUGACACCAAUUCUCUUCGCUGCUAAAAAUGACUUAUGGGAUAUCGUUCAUUAUCUGUAUCCCCUCACUCCGAUCGAAGACCUAAUGCCAGAGAAUGGCCCUUAUGGCGCUGGACUUGUUUGCUUUUGUUUCUAUGCCAAACAAUUUGAUAUUGCCUUGGACUUACUUCAGCGCUACCCACGAUUGGCCAUUACUAAAGGCCCGACGGGCGAAUCCCCUAUAUUUGUAUUGGCAGAUAUCCCUUCUGUAUUCCCGAGUGGGACGCCGCUCAAAUUCUGGCAACGGUGGAUCUAUGACUGUAUACACAUACAGCCUCCUGCUAUCCCUGAUGUUAGUGUAAAUGUUCAAAAUCCAGAAAAUGAACUGGGUAACCAAAGAAAUAUCAGUUUCUCAGGUUUGCUAGAUCUCGAAACCCCAGCUUUGGUUUAAUCAAAUGCAAUCAUUUUCUGUAUAUAUACUCUGUCAUUUUUUCAGACUUUGGCAAUAAUGCAUCUGUUUAAUAAGAAGUUGAUCAUGA